AUAGGCAUUUUGUUUUGAGUCCGCAUAGUUGUAUAGACGAGACUACUUCCUUUUGAUAUUUCCGAGUAUCCUAUUUCGUAAGGCCUACUCCUACCACUGAUACCUGAUAUUUCUGUGUUAGCGUCAAGUAUCGGUAGCUAUAUUUUCACGCUACGAUAACAUGUCACAAUUUACCUAUAUAGGUCAAGAUCGCCCAGCGUACCCCAAUACCGGCUUCUUUAGACCAGAAUCUAAGAUGUCUACUCCAAAACACCAAAACACUACUUAUAACGAACAGCGAUAUAGUCAAACUCCUUCGCUUACCAACGAUUUCAGAAAAGGUUAUGUAGAUCAGUGGCCAGAACAAAGAUCGACCCUGAGGUCUCAGGAGCCGGAAAAGACGACGUUCAUGCAAAAAGACACCUAUUUGCAUGCAAUUCAUUCAUCGCCUUUUCAUCAGCGAUCUAGAGGGGAAUACAGACAGAGUCUAACUCCAGGUCCCUCAUUUCAACCCGCUAAAUCACGAAAAGAUUACCACCUAUACAUGGAUAGAAGUAGUCACGUUAAUAUGGAGAGACAGCCUCGCAGCACUCAAAAACUGAUUCAAUCUACUCAGUCUUCGUUAUCGAGUCGUCUUGAACGGACCUUCCACGAACAGUUGCCCCCGUGCAGUACUCGCAAAAAGUUGAAAUGUUCAGAUUUCCGCGAAUAUGGAUCAUCUCUUCAACUGAACCAAUUGAGCGCUCCUCGUACACUUUUGAAUCGAUCAAGGAGUAUGAAGCAGCCUAUGCACACGGAGGCAAGCACUUCUCAUAACGCGAACCAUUUACCCAAGGUUAGUGUGAACAGCAUUAAUGGCAUUUUAAUGCAAGAUGAGAUAUUCAGACUAGCAAAUAGCAUUCAAUUUAGAAAGCUAUUGAACGCAUUUGCCAUAUCUCAUAUCGAAUCACAGAUUCAGAAGCAAUCUAUUUUUGCUCUUAAAAACUAUUCACCAAAUCAGGCUGGCGGUGAUAAUAGACUACUCUAUAAAAAAGGUAUUGUCAUUUUCAGCAACAUUGUCAAACUCACCCGCAGAUUGGCUUUCUUAGAACUCUGUCAUCUGUCGUUUGGCUAUCCGGAUCUGAAACGCCGUCCCUACACCGCUUUUGGCUACUUGUACUGGGCUUUAUUUGAGGAGCAAUACCAACAAUAUGAUAAGGCAGCUACUUGCUACAUAGAAGCCGUCAAGCAGUCACUUUGGCCUUCUAAAAUAGUCACAGCCGCUUCCUGCAACUUUUUUGUUCGCAUGCAAUCUAUACUAAGUAAAAGAAGAGAAAAUUUUACGGAAGCUACAUUCAAUGCUGAAAGAGCAACAGGGGGAUCACUAGCCGACAUAGAGAGUGAAGUGAGUGAAUUGACUCAUUCCCUCAGAGAAUCACACUUGGAAGACCUCGAUUUAGAUAUCACUCAUUCGAAAACACGAAGCCCAAUCCGCGACAGAACACCCUUGAAAAAAAACAAGUCUUGUCUAAAAGUUAAUUUUUACAGUCCCGAUGCAAGAGAUACAGAAUCCCCGAACCAAGAAGAAAAAACAUGCAGAGCUUUUCAGCUCAUUGAAGAGACACCCGAAGCACUUGGUCAAAAGGCCCUAGCGUUAACCACAGACACACAAGAGGAAUUAGAAAAAAAUCUGUCAGAGGAAGAAAAUUUUCAUUUUUUUAGUACACAUUAUUCACAUACAUCGUCAAUGGGAAAAUCUUCAGCAAAGACAGCUUCGUCUUCCCCUUCUUAUGCCGAAAAGGCAAGCCCGUUGGAAGAAAAGAACUCUGAUGCCAAGCUGUCAUCUAGGAAAAAUUCAUCUCGAGUUAAGUCCCCUAAAAAUUUGGAAAAUUUACCCAAAACUAGUGGAGUCGAAUCUAAUGUAGACUUAAAUGUCUCCAAAUCAGAGGCAUUGAAGCUACCAGAAGAUGUAGGUACCGGUCCUGGAAGACCGGCUAGGGCGACAAAGUCAAAGAAGUCUACUGCUGAUUUAAAUCUCACCAAGUCAGAGGCGUCAAAGAUGUCUGAAGACACCGGUUCUAAAAGAGUGACUAGAGCGACAAAAACAAAGUCUGAUGUGGACUCAAACGUCACCAAAUCAGAGACAUCGAAGCUACCGGAAGACAUGGAUACCGGUUCCGGAAGGUCGACUAGGGCGACAAAGUCAAAGAAGUCUACUGCUGAUUCAAAUCUCACCAAGUCAGAGGCGCCAAAAAUGUCUGAAGACACCGGUUCUAAAAGAGUGACUAGAGCAACAAAAUCAAAGUCUGACGUGGACUCAAAUGUCACUAAAUCAGAGGUAGCGGAACCACCGGAAGACAUGGAUACCGGUUCCGGAAGGUCGACUAGGGCGACAAAGUCAAAGAAGUCGACUGUCGAUUUAAGUCUCACCAAGUCAGAGGCGCCAAAAAUGUCCGAAGACACCGGUUCUAGAAGGUUGAUUAGAACAAAAUCAAAGUCUGACGUGGACUCAAAUGUCGCUAGAUCAAAGACAUUGAGGCUACCGGAAGACAUGGAUACCGGUUCCGGAAGGUCGACUAGGGCGACAAAGUCGAAGAAGUCUACUGCUGAUUUAAAUCUCACCAAGUCAGAGGCGUCAAAGAUGUCUGAAGACACCGGUUCUAAAAGAGUGACUAGAGCGACAAAAACAAAGUCUGAUCUAGACCUAAACGUCACUGAAUUAGAGACAUCGAGGCUACCGGAAGACAUGGAUACCGGUUCCGGAAGGUCGACUAGGGCGACGAAGUCGAAGAAGUCUACUGCUGAUUUAAAUCUCACCAAGUCAGAGGCGUCAAAGAUGUCUGAAGACACCGGUUCUAAAAGAGUGACUAGAGCGACGAAAACAAAGUCUGACGUGGACUCAAACGUCACCAAAUCAGAGACAUCGAAGCUACCGGAAGACAUGGAUACCGGUUCCGGGAGGUCGACUAGGGCGACAAAGUCAAAGAAGUCUACUGCUGAUUUAAAUCUCACCAAGUCAGAGGCGUCAAAGAUGUCUGAAGACACCGGUUCUAAAAGAGUGACUAGAGCGACAAAAACAAAGUCUGAUGUGGACUCAAACGUCACCAAAUCAGAGACAUCGAAGCUACCGGAAGACAUGGAUACCGGUUCCGGAAGGUCGACUAGGGCGACAAAGUCAAAGAAGUCUACUGCUGAUUUAAAUCUCACCAAGUCAGAGGCGUCAAAGAUGUCUGAAGACACCGGUUCUAAAAGAGUGACCAAAGCAACGAAAACAAAGUCUGACGUGAACUCAAACGUCACCAAAUCAGAGACAUCGAAGCUACCGGAGGACAUGGAUACCGGUUCCGGAAGGUGGACUAGGGCGACGAAGUCGAAGAAGUCGAUUGUUGAUUCAAACCUCACCAAGUCAGAGGCGCCAAAAAUGUCUGAAGACACCGGUUCCAAAAGAGUGACAAAGACAACAAAGUCAAAAUCUGAUGUGGACUCAAAUGCCACUAAAUCAAAGACAUCGAAGCUAUCCAAAGACGUCGGCUCUAAAGAAUCUCUUAAGGGGAAAAAAUUCUAUGAAGCUGAAAAAAACCUUUCGAGUCCAGAUGCAUCAUCCGAAUCUGUCAGUUACGGAGGAAAAUACACUUCUUAUGACGACGACACUUCAGUCGACACAAGUGAUGGCAUGUCGCCUGCCUCGCCCGCCCCGCCUGCCAGAGCUUCUAGGUCGGUCUCAAUGACCAGACCUAGGGCCAGUGAAGAUCGAGCGCCAUCGAUAUAUUCUUCAAAGCAAGCCGGUACUGGCACUAAAUUCGAUGGUUACAGGUUACGUAAAGGUGAAAAGUACAGUAGCAGCGAAAGUGAUAGCUCAUUAGUCAGUGAUAGCGAGAUGUCGGACAAGUCGACUUAUUCUGAGGAAGAAGCGUCCAAUCAGUAUUCGGACAACUAUCUUAGUAAAAAGUCGUCAACCCCACCGUUCAAUCAAGAGAAAGCUUCAAGGUCCACGUGGGUGGCGCACACGAGGACCAAUGCCCAUGAGUCUAGCGAAGAUGGGGUGUCCUCGCCGUCAUCUGGUUACGAGAAAGACCUCAAGGAGAGAAUCGAAAGACUGAGUAUUUCGAAGAAGGCGGAGACUCAACUAACAGCCAAGUCAACACUCUCAUCAAAGAAAAAGGUUAAAGACGACAAGCCAAGUAGAUCUAGAUAUGUCGAGAAGUCGGAAGAAGAACAUCAGAAAAAGAAGUCCCAGCCUUCAGCAGUCAAAAGUGUUACUCACUCAGAUCGUUACGACGAUCGAGAGUCCGAUGACGGGCCAAAUGAUAAAAAAGACAAAGUGAAGCCUGGUGUAGGAACGUCUUCCAACCCACCAAGAAGAAGUCUUCGUAUUAAGAGCCAGAUCAACUGAAAGAACAACCUCUUGUGUACUACGUACAACAUAGCGAAAACGUGAUUGUGUGUUCAGAGAAAGUUCAAUGUUUUUUUUAACUUAGUAUCGAUGGCUGUCUUGAAAUAUCGCGUGCCGAUGAUACCGUUGACACCAGGGGACAAAACUACCAUGUUCACAGAGAGAAACAACUCUAUAUGUUCCUCUAGCAUCUUUUCGAUGUCCAAAUAAAUCAAAAUUUGAGCAGAGCGCCUCGGGGUUGGCACGCGCGAGCCGCUUUCCGGUUCUGCGAUUGAGAAAUGAAUGUGAUUUCUUUUCAUGACGGAGAGCCCUUUUUUGAGUAUGUCUGGCCAAGCUGAAUAAUAAGUCCCAUGUAUCAGUGUAGGUGGGCGAUUGCCGAUAGUUGGAAAGUCUUCGAUGCGCUCUAUUCUCUUCAGUUCCAGAUUGGGUACGUGGAUAGAGUGGCCUUGAUUGGCGCGGAUAUAGAGCUUGUUGUCGAAUUCUGAAAGCGUAUAUCGCCGUUUGUCAUCGUUUGCCACAAUCCUUUUGACGUCGCAAUCCUUGAUCGUAGUUGGCAAGUGCUUCAAGAGCAAUUCUAGCGGCAGGUAUCCGUCGUCCUGAAUAGGAAUGUUGACUCGUCGCAAUUGUUGUGAGUUUAGACAAGAAAGAGAAAAGCUACGCGUUUGAUACAUAAUGCACAUAUAUACGUUCUCGAGCGCUAUGACGAAGUAUAUAGGAAAUUCUUUUAGACAGCUGAGUGUCACUCGUGGGUGGGCGUUGGUCAUCCAUUUGAAGAGAGUGACUCGUUUGUGAUGUUUUAGAUAUCAACGGAGGGCGCGAUAACAAUUUUAGUAAAACUAUGUAAAACGGGGCCCAUGAUAAAUUUGUAAAAGCUUUUGUGUGAAAAAAGUACACAGAAAUGUA